GAAGUGUUGAUCCACCCCCAGGUCAACACCCUGCAACAGUGCCUCAAGAACCUCCUCUCCUCUUUCACCAAACACAGACACAUCAUCCACGCCGGAUAUGCCUUUGCAGGCUCUGGCUCAUGGAUGCUACAGGAUGGGACAUUCUCAGUGGCAGACCUUAUCGCAGCCUUCAGUGAAUAUGAGGUCCAGCGGGUCCUACAUGCCUAUGAGAACUGCAUUACUAUUGACAUUCACUGUGCUUCUGAAGGCCAUUGGUCAACACAUUUCCUAGCCAAGGAAUCAUUUAGCAAACUAUGUCGUGUGACAGUGAACCCGGAUGACAAGAUUGAGAUCACCCCCGGCAUCUCAACUUUCGUUCACUACCUGUCACAGUUCCUCAGUAGCAUACCCAUUGAAGACCUACUCGAGCCCUCUGACAUCGUGGGCAACAUAAGAUUCUCUCGCCCCACUCUCUACGUGUUCCCUGGUGGUCAAGGUGACUCCGCUCUCUUCGGCGUCAACGGUUUUAACAUGCUUGUGGAUGGUGGAUAUAACUACAAGGCAUGUUUCUGGGAUUUCACACGCCAUCUUGAUCGUCUCGAUGCAGUCCUGAUUACGAGACUUAACAGCUCUAAUCUAAUGGGCAUCACUAAUGUUAUUCGUAGAAAAGCACUAAGUUCAGUGUAUCCACAGAUCGGACAUACGUUUUGUAAUGUUGCUGGUUCUUUAAAGUCCCCUGACGGUGACAAAGACAGAGACCCACUACUUAUUAAUGUUUGGGACGAAGGACACUUAUUACGAGAAAAUUUGAGACAAAUUAGUUUAAAACCUCACUUGUGUUUCCGUGACAAUGCCAUGGAACCAAUUAAUUUAUAUCAUAAGGUAGGGCAUGGAAAACUUGAUAUGUAUGUGAUAAAUCCUUCUAGAGACAGUAAAGAAGUGCGUGAGUUCAUGCAAAGGUGGAACAAUGAAGUGAUUGCGUCUGACAUGGGUUUUACCUCAUACAAAAUUGGUGAUAGAGUUUUUCCUUGUCCACUAACAAAUCUCACUUCUAUAUGUGCACUAUUGAUAUGGCAACCAAAUGACCCAAAUGACACAAUUACUAGAAUUCUUUUCCCUGGAAGCACUCCCCAACACAAAAUAUUCGAAGGCCUUGAAAGGUUGCGGAAUUUAGAAUAUCUCAAGUAUCCAACAUGCUCUGCAAAGUCCAUUAAAGCAGCAGCAGAGGAACGCAAAAGCACAAAGACAAUGGAGAAGUUAUUAGCAGAUACUAAACCAACGAAAACUGUAAGUCCAUCCCCGCCAACACAUAGACUAAGACGGGAAAGAGUUGAUCGAUCUAUCAGUCGAGAAGAAAGAAGAAGGUUGAAGAUUGAAAGAUCAGAAUAUCAAGAUAAAAAAAUUAUUGAGUCCAAAAAGGAAAGAAAAAUUGAACGGAAGAUUGAAAAGAAAACCAUUAAACGAGAUACAAAGAAAGAGAAGAUCGAAGAUCGUAAGGAAGAGAAAGUUACAUCUGAACUUGAAGAAACCAAGGAGAAGAUAAAUGGCCAUGACAUUAACAUUGAUUCUUUAGAAACUACCGAAGACAAACAAAUAAUCUCAGAAGUCACUGAAACCAAAGAAGAUCUUAGAAUAGCAGAAGAUGUUACAGACACAACAGUUACCAAGGAGUCUCCUAGACUAGAUACUAAGAUAACUGAGCCUACAAUAGAGGCAGAAAAGUAUAUAGAACAAAAAGAAGUACCUAAAGAACCAAUAGAAACUAGAGCAAUUGACUUAGAAACGAGAAUACAAGCAAUAGAAGCUGAAAUUAGAGACCUACCAGAGAUUGAACCAUUAGACGUUAAGGAAGCAUCUUUGGUUUCCGCUGAAUCUGGUGUUGUGACUGGUGAAGAGAGAGAAUCCUCUCUUGAAAUUGAACAGACUAAAUAUAUUAAGGAAAAACCAAAGCCAAAACUAAAGAAAGUUAAAGAAUCUGGUGCCCCUGACAGACCGAAAAAAUACAGAAAGCCUAAGGUUGAAUCACGCAUAGAUACAGGUGACAGGAGAACAAGAAUUGAAGAAAGAACACAACGUAUUGAAAGAAAAGUCAAAGACAGAAAAAGCCUUGAAAGAAAAGAAAGAAGAGAACGCAAAGUAGAAGCUGAUGAAAAGAAAGAAGUUGAACCUUCUGACAAGAAACCAGAGGUAAAGGAAAGAAAAAUCAGAAGAAUAAAGAAGCCUGUUGAUGAAGCAGGUACUCCAAAAAAAUCUGUCACUCCUGAAGCGAAAAGACGUCUUAAGAAAAUCACUGCACCAGAGAAGGAGGAGAAGGUGAAUGGUGAAGUUAGACCACUCAAACCUGCAGUUCCUAAAGCACCACGUGCUGAAAGAAAAAUGGUCUCUAAGACUACUCCAACCACUCCUCGGGAGGUCACGCACAAGAAACUAGUUGAUGACAAAAACAGAGCGGCAAAGGCUGCUGAAGCAGCUAAGAAGGAAUUGAAACCAAAGCCAUCAGUACCAAGGCCUGCAGUCAAGCAGGCUGCACCUGGUAGAGCUCUGAAAUCCAAAAAGAUAGAGAAACCUCCUGUACCCAAGCCAGAUGGACCAAUGAAAAAGAUCAUUACUGGUGCAGCUGUGAAAGCUGGAGUUAUGGCCGCAGCAGUGUCAGGCGUUGCUGUGGUGGAAGCCGCUGCUGAUCGUGAAGAUGUUGAAGAAAUUGUUGCACCUUUGAAAGAGGCUGACCUAAUGCUUGUUCCAGAUCAAGAUGAAGAGGACCGCAUCUCUGACAUUGCCAACAUUCCAGGAGUACAGGAAAUCAAGUUAGAUGAAGAUACAUUUGAAAUUAUUGAUAAACAUCAUCUUGAAGAGGAAGAGAAAGAUUCUCUUAUUCUGCAUGAAGAAGGAGUUGUUGAACAUGUUGAAAAAGAAGAUGUAAUUGAAGAAGUUGAAGAGCACUUAGAAGCUGAAAAGGACAUUGAAGAAGAGGAGGAAGAGGAAGAAGAAGAAGAAGAAGAGGAAGAAGAGGAAGAGGAGGAGGAAGAAGAAGAAGAGAUAGAGGAGAGAGAAGCAGAGGAAGAUAUUGAAAAGAUAGGAAAAAUUAAAGAAGAAAUUAAAGUUGAUGAAGAGGAGGAAGUCCUUGAAGAUGAAGAGAAAGUAAGCAUUGAAGAAAAAGAGGAUGGGGCCGAAAAGAUGAAAAAAGAAGAAGAAAUUUAUCAUCUGGAAGAAAGAGACAGAGACAUUGCAAAAUUAGAAGAAAAACAUGAAGCAGAAGAUAUUUAUGAUAAAAUUGAGACAGAAGAUAGAGAUGCAUAUGCUACUUUACCCAGCAGUGCAAAACUCACAGAAUAUAAAGAAAAAUAUGAAGAAAAACCAAUCCGUGGAUUAUUCACUGGAUUUGCCAUUCCCGCUGCUGAAACUAAAGAGGAAACCUAUCCAAAAGAACCUAGCCCAAAGGCCAAGGAAGAUAUAAUGAUUCCAACAUCACUCCCAGAAGCUAUAUUCAAACCUUCUGCUCCACCAAUUCAUCCAAGAGAGAUAAUAAAGACACCAGAUGAAGUGGAUGAUCUUCCAAUUCAUGAGGAGGUAGAAUCGAGUGAACAUGAUAUCUAUGAUAAGGAUAUUGAGGAAGAUCUUGAUGUAGGCUCACCUAUGAUAGAAGUUAAGGGAGAAUUACUGAUCAGAGAAGAAAUAAUGGCUGAAAAGUUCGAAAAAGAGAUUGCAAAGGAAAUUUCAAAAGAAAGUGAAGUUGAAGAAGAGCUUGAGAAAGACGAAAUGUCAAAGGAGGAAAAACCCUCAAAGUCAUUAGAUGAAUUUGAGGCAAAAUAUGCAGAAUUCAAAGCUACUGCUGAGACUGAAGUAAUUAGAAAAGGUGAGAUAAUUACUGAAACUACUGAAAUUGCCAAGAAAUUAGACAAAGCUGAGCUUUUAAAAGACAUUGCUCAAACCCUAGGAGUUACAGAAGAACCAAUUAAGGUAAUGCCUCCAGCGCCUAUUCCUUGUGAAAUGGAGGAGGUUCAAGAGUUGCCUGUUGUGAAAGAUGAGAAACCAAUGAAAGUGAUUACAGCAUAUGAAGAACUUGAACUUGAAAAGGUUCCUGAAAAAGAAAAGAGGGACAAAGAAGAAAAAGAAAUUGAUGAACUAGAAUUCGAAGACAAGGAAGUGGUCGAGGUCAGAGAGAAGGAGAUUACUGAAAUGAUGGAAAAAGAUCAGAUUUAUAAAGCAGAAACAAUUGAGACAACAGUAUUGGAGCAAAAGGAAGUUGUGGAAGAAACUGUAAUUGAGGAGACUGUCGAAACAAUUGAUUCUGAAAUUGAAGCAAAGAUAACUACAGACAAAUUUGUUGAGGAGGAAAAAAUUAUUACAAAAGAGGAAGUAAUAAAGGAAGAAAAGGAAAUUGUCGAAAAAGAAGUGAAGCGUGAAGAAGUAAUUACAGAGAAAAGAGAAAUUGUUGAAAAGGAAGAAACUAAGUUAGAAGAAAAAAUCAAAGAAAUAGAGGAGGUUUCUGAAAAAAUUGCAUUAGAAGAAAUUCUCGUAAAAGAUAUUGUUAAAGAAGAAGAAACAAAACUUCAAGAUGUUAAGCGAACUGAAAUGAUUCAAGAAAUUGAAGAGAGAAUACAGUUAGGCUGGACAAGAGAGGAAAUUAUUGAAUAUAUUGAAAUACAGGAAAGAAGUAGAGGAAAGAUAUUAGGAUGGGCAAGGGAGGAAAUUAUUGAAUAUAUUGACAUUCAAGAAAGAAGGAGAGAGAAAGUUACCGAAGAAGAAAUGGAAAUUGUUGAAAAAGAAGUAAUAAAAGAUGAGAAAGUUUUAAAAGAAGAGAAGAAAGUAGAAGUUGUCAAGAAAGAAGAAAAGGUAGAAGAAGAAGAAGUUAAAGAAGUUUCAGAAGAAAUUUCAGAAAAAGAAGUGCCUGAAAAAGAUGUUGUUAAAGAAGAAAUACAAUUUGAAGAUGUCAAACGAACUGAAAUCAUUAAUGAAAUUGAAGAAAGAUUGCGAUCAGGAUAUACAAGGGAGGAAAUAAUUGAAUACAUUGAAAUACAAGAAAGAAAAAGAGGAAAGAUAUUAGGAUGGGCAAGAGAGGAAAUAAUUGAAUAUAUUGACACCUAUGAAAGAAGGAGAGAAAGAAUUGAAGAUGAAAUUAAAGAAGAAGAAAAGGAGAUUAUUGAAGAAGAAGAAGUUAAAGAAAUUUCAGAAGAAAUUUCAGAAAAAGAAGUGCCUGAAAAAGAUGUUGUUAAAGAAGAAAUACAAUUUGAAGAUGUCAAACGAACUGAAAUCAUUAAUGAAAUUGAAGAAAGAUUGCGAUCAGGAUAUACAAGGGAGGAAAUAAUCGAAUACAUUGAAAUACAAGAAAGAAAAAGAGGAAAGAUAUUAGGAUGGGCAAGAGAGGAAAUAAUUGAAUAUAUUGACACCUAUGAAAGAAGGAGAGAAAUAAUUGAAGAUGAAAUUAAGGAAGUAGAAGAAAAGAAGAUUAUUAAAGAAGAAGAAACCAAAGAAGAAAAAGAAAUUGUAGCAGUAGAGCUAAAAAAGAAGGAAGAAAUUCCAAGUGUAGAAAAGAAGGUGAUUGCAGUAGAAGUUGCCAAAAAGGAAGAACCAAGAGACCUAGAGGUAAUGGAGGAAGCAGUGGUUCUGAAAGACGAGGAGCUAAAGGCAGUCAAAGAAGUUACCAAAGUACAAGAAAUUGUUGAAGAAAUCCCUAAAACGGAAGUUCUUAAAAAAAUUCAUGUUGAAGAUAUAAAACAGAAUGAACUAAUUCAGGAAAUUGAAGAAAGAAUACAGUUGGGUUGGACUACGGAAGAAAUUAUUGAAUAUAUUGAAAUACAAGAAAGCAGAAGAGGGAAGAUAUUAGGAUGGGCAAGAGAGGAAAUUAUUGAAUAUAUUGAAAUACAAGAAAGAAGAAUAAGAGAGAAGGUUGAAGUUGAAGAUACAGAAGAAAAGAAAAUUUAUGAAAAAGAAGCAAAGAAAGUUGAAGUUGCAGAAGAAGAGGAGAAAAUUGCAUUUAUUACAGAAGAAAAAGAAUCUCUUGAAAAAGAGGUGAAAGAAGUAGCCCAAGUAACACUGGGUGAAAAAGAAGUAAAGAAGUUACCAGAAAUACCUAAAGAAGAGGAACCUUUUGAAAUUCCAGAAAAAGAAGUAAAGAAAGUAGAAUCUCCAGAAGAAGACAAGGAUUUAGUCAUGCUCCCUAAAGAUGUAAAAGAAAUUCCCAAAGAGGUUGCACCUGAAGCUAUUGCUAAAGAAGAAAGAAUACCAACAGAAGAAAUCCCCAAAGAAAAAGAAGUAAUUAAGGAUCUUGUGACAGAGGAGAUAAAAGGAAAGGAGGUGCUAAUAGAGGAUGUCAGUAAGACAUUAGUCACAGAAACAGAAACAAUCAUAAGACAAAGAGAAAUCAUAGAGGAAAUUGAAGAAAGAAUACGAAUUGGCUGGACAGUUGAAGAAAUAAUUGAAUACAUUGAAAUACAAGAGACAAGAAGAGGAAAGAUACUAGGGUGGACAAGAGAAGAAAUUAUUGAGUAUGUUGAAACUCAAGAAAGGAGAAUACAAGAUAAAAUUGAAGCUGAAAUUACAGAAGAACUUCCUGACAAAGACAUUCUUAAAGAAGAAAAAGUACCAGAAGAAGUCAUUGUCAAAGAAAAAGAAGUUCCUGACAAAGACAUUCUUAAAGAAGAAAAAGUAACAGAAGAAGUCAUCACCAAAGAAAAGGAAGUUCCUGAUAAAGACAUUCUCAAAGAAGAAAAAGUACCAACAGAAGUCAUUGUCAAAGAAAAAGAAGUUCCUGACAAAGACAUUCUUAAAGAGGAAAAAGUACCAGAAGAAGUCAUCACCAAAGAAAAGGAAGUUCCUGACAAAGACAUUCUUAAAGAAGAAAAAGUACCAGAAGAAGUCAUCACCAAAGAAAAGGAAGUUCCUGACAAAGACAUUCUUAAAGAAGAGAAAGUACCAACAGAAGUCAUUGUCAAAGAAAAAGAAGUUCCUGACAAAGACAUUCUCAAAGAAGAAAAAGUACCAGAAGAAGUCAUCACCAAAGAAAAGGAAGUUCCUGACAAAGACAUUCUCAAAGAAGAAAAAGUACCAACAGAAGUCAUUGUCAAAGAAAAAGAAGUUCCUGACAAAGACAUUCUUAAAGAAGAAAAAGUACCAGAAGAAGUCAUCACCAAAGAAAAGGAAGUUCCUGACAAAGACAUUCUUAAAGAAGAAAAAGUACCAACAGAAGGCUUUGUCAAAGAAAAAGAAGUUCCUGACAAAGACAUUCUUAAAGAAGAAAAAGUACCAGAAGAAGUCAUCACCAAAGAAAAGGAAGUUCCUGACAAAGACAUUCUCAAAGAAGAAAAAGUACCAGAAGAAGUCAUCACCAGAGAAAAGGAAGUUCCUGACAAAGACAUUCUCAAAGAAGAAAAAGUACCAACAGAAGUCAUUGUCAAAGAAAAAGAAGUUCCUGACAAAGACAUUCUUAAAGAAGAAAAAGUACCAGAAGAAGUCGUCACCAAAGAAAAGGAAGUUCCUGACAAAGACGUUCUUAAAGAAGAAAAAGUACCAACAGAAGUCAUUGUCAAAGAAAAAGAAGUUCCUGAUAAAGACAUUCUUAAAGAAGAAAAAGUACCAGAAGAAGUCAUCACCAAAGAAAAGGAAGUUCCUGACAAAGACAUUCUUAAAGAAGAAAAAGUACCAACAGAAGUCAUUGUCAAAGAAAAAGAAGUUCCUGAUAAAGACAUUCUUAAAGAAGAAAAAGUACCAGAAGAAGUCAUUGUCAAAGAAAAAGAAGUUCCUGACAAAGACAUUCUUGAAGAAGUAAAAGUGCCAACAGAUGUCAUUGCAAAAGAAAAGGAAGUAAAACAAGAAAUUGUGCCUGUGGAGUUAAAAGAAACUAAGGAGGAAAUAGAAGAUGUCAAAAAGACGAUGGUCACAGAAACAGAGACAACAGUAAAGCGAAGAGAAAUCAUUGAAGAAAUUGAAGAGAGAAUUAGAUUACGCUGGACAGUCGAGGAAAUAAUUGAAUACAUUGAAAUUCAAGAGGCAAGAAGAGGAAAAAUACUUGGCUGGACAAGGGAGGAAAUUAUUGAGUAUAUUGAAACUCAAGAAAAACGAAGAGAAAGAGUUGAAGUGGAAGCUGAGGAAGAAAGUGAAGUUGAGAAAGAAUUAAAGAAAGUAGAUGUAAUUCUACUUGAAGAGGCAGAAAUUCACAAAGAAGUGAAGGCACCUGAGGUUACCCUAGAACAAAAAGAACCAGAGAAGGUUGUAGUUGAUGAAAUGAAGGUAAAGAAAGCAGAUGAAGUCACAGAAGAAAAGGAACCUAUUGACACAGAAUUCAAGAAAGAUGAGAAACUCCCAGAAGAAAAGAUUUCAGAAGAAGCAAAGAAAGUUGAAGUUUCACCAGAAGAAGAAGAAGUAAAGAAGGUAGAUGAGCGUCCAAAAGAAGAAAAAGAAAUUAUUGAAGAAAUUAAGCAAAAAGAAGUACCUGACAUUGUUAUUGUUAAAGAAGAAAAGGUACCAAUAGAAGUCAUCACUAAAGAGAAAGAAGUACCUGACAAAGAUAUUGUUAAAGAAGAAGAAGUACCAACAGAAGUCAUCACUAAAGAACAGGAAGUACUUGACAAAGAUAUUGUUAAAGAAGAAAAAGUACCAACAGAAGUCAUUGUCAAAGAAAAAGAAGUUCCUGACAAAGACAUUCUUAAAGAAGAAAAAGUACCAGAAGAAGUCAUCACCAAAGAAAAGGAAGUUCCUGACAAAGUCAUUCUUCAAGAAGAAAAAGUACCAACAGAAGUCAUCACCAAAGAAAAGGAAGUUCCCGACAAAGAAAUUCUUAAAGAAGAAAAAGUACCAACAGAAGUCAUUGUCAAAGAAAAAGAAGUCCCUGACAAAGACAUUCUAAAAGAAGAAAAAGUACCAGAAGAAGUCAUUGUCAAAGAAAAAGAAGUUCCUGACAAAGACAUUCUUAAAGAAGAAAAAGUACCAGAAGAAGUCAUUGUCAAAGAAAAGGAAGUUCCUGACAAAGACAUUCUUAAAGAAGAAAAAGUACCAGAAGAAGUCAUUGUCAAAGAAAAAGAAGUCCCUGACAAAGACAUUCUUAAAGAAGAUAAAGUACCAGAAGAAGUCAUCACCAAAGAAAAGGAAGUUCCUGACAAAGAUAUUCUUAAAGAAGAAAAAGUACCAACAGAAGUCAUUGCCAAAGAAAAGGAAGUUCCUGACAAAGACAUUCUUAAAGAAGAAAAAGUACCAGAAGAAGUCAUCAUCAAGGAAAAAGAAGUUCCCGACAAGGACAUUCUUGAAGAAGUAAAAGUGCCAACAGAUGUCAUUGCAAGAGAAAAGGAAGUAAGACAAGAAAUUGUGCCUGUGGAGUUAAAAGAAACUAAGGCUGAAGUAGAAGAUGUCAAAAAGACGAUGGUCACUGAAACAGAGACAACAGUAAAGCGAAGAGAAAUCAUUGAAGAAAUUGAAGAGAGAAUUAGAUUACGCUGGACAGUCGAGGAAAUAAUUGAAUACAUUGAAAUUCAAGAGGCAAGAAGAGGAAAAAUACUUGGCUGGACAAGGGAGGAAAUUAUUGAGUAUAUUGAAACUCAAGAAAAACGACGAGAAAGAGUUGAAGUGGAAGCUGAGGAGGAAAGUGAAGUUGAGAAAGAAUUAAAGAAAGUAGAUGUAAUUCUACUUGAAGAGGCAGAAAUUCACAAAGAAGUGAAGGCACCUGAGGUUACCCUAGAACAAAAAGAACCAGAGAAGGUUGUAGUUGAUGAAAUGAAGGUAAAGAAAGCAGAUGAAGUCACAGAAGAAAAGGAACCUAUUGACACAGAAUUCAAGAAAGAUGAGAAACUCCCAGAAGAAAAGAUUUCAGAAGAAGCAAAGAAAGUUGAAGUUUCACCGGAAGAAGAAGUAAAGAAGGUAGAUGAGCUUCCUAAAGAAGAAAAAGAAAUUAUUGAAGAAAUUAAGCAAAAAGAAGUACCUGACAUUGUUAUUGUUAAAGAAGAAAAGGUACCAACAGCAGUCAUCACUAAAGAAAAGGAAGUACCUGACAAAGAUAUUGUUAAAGGAGAAAAAGUACCAACAGAAGUCAUCACUAAGGAACAGGAAGUACCUGACAAAGAUAUUGUUAAAGAAGAAAAAGUACCAACAGAAGUCAUCACUGAAGAAAAAGAAACUCCUGACAAAGACAUUGUUAAAGAAGUGAAAGUACCAACUAAAGAAAUCACAGAAGAAAUAGUUAGUAAGGAGAUUGUAACACAGGAGAGAGUAGAAAAGGAGGAAGCAAUAGAGGAUGUCAGUAAGAGAAUUGUCACAGAAACAGAGAUAGUUGUAAAGCGAAGAGAAAUUCUAGAGGAAAUUGAAGAGAGAAUACAAUUAGGCUGGACAGUUGAAGAAAUUAUCGAAUACAUUGAAAUUCAAGAGACAAGAAGAGGAAAGAUACUAUGCUGGACAAGGGAGCAAAUUGUCGAGUUUAUUGAAACACAAGAAUUGAAAAGACAAGAGAUUAUUGAAGCUGAAGAAGUAGAGAAAAAAGAUGAAAUUCCAAAAGAGGAAUUAGAAAUACCUGAAAAGGAAAUAAAGAAAGCUGAUCUCUCGCCAGAGGAAAAAGAAGUAAAGAAAAUUGAUGAAGUUCUCAAAGAAGAAAAAGAACUCCCUGAAAAAGAGUUAAAGAAAUUAUAUGAACUUCCAAAGGAAGAAAAACUAGUUCCUGGAGUUGAAGUAAAGAUAGUUGAACCUAUACUGGUAGAAAAAGAAAUCAAGAAAGAAGAUGAAGUUUCCAAAGAUAUUAAAGAAUUUGUUGAAGAAAUCACACGAAAGGAAGUUCCCGAUAUUAAAAAAGAAAAGGAACCAACAGAAGAAAUCCCGAAAGAAAAAGCAGAAAUAAAGGAAAUGGUAACUGAGGAAUUAGUAGAAAAGGUGGAGAUAAUAAAGGAUGCAGGUGAGACUUUAUUCACAGAAACAGAGGCAAUUGUAAAACGAAGAGAAAUUAUUGAAGAAAUUGAAGAGAGAAUACAAUUAGGCUGGACAAUUGAGGAAAUUAUUGAAUACAUUGAAAUACAAGAGACAAGAAGAGGAAAGAUAUUAGGCUGGUCAAGAGAGGAAAUUAUUGAGUAUAUUGAAACACAAGAAAGAAAACGACGAGAGACAAUGGAAAUUAGAGAAGAAAAAGAAGUCAUGAAAAUACAUGAAGUAACCUUAGAAGAAAAAGAAAUAGCAGAGAAAGAAGUUAUUAAAGAAGUAAAAGAGCCUAUUCCCAAGGAGGAAAAAGAAAUUCCUGAACCAGAAAUAAGUAAAGAAGUUACUUUAGAAGAAAAAGAGGCUGAAAUUACCAAAGACAUUAAAGAUAUUUCAGAAGAAAGUGAUAUUUCUGAAAGAGACGUUAUUCAAGAAGCUAAAGCACCAAGUCAGUACAUACCCAGAGAAAGAGAAAUUGUGUCAGACAGGGAAGAAAAGGAAGAGAGAGUUGAAGAUGUUACAAAAACUUUAGUCACUGAAAUAGAGACACUUGUAAAGCGAACAGAAAUCAUUGAAGAAAUUGAGGAAAGAAUACGGUUAGGCUGGACUAUUGAAGAAAUAAUUGAAUAUAUUCAAACACAGGAAAUAAAAAGAGGCAAAAUAUUAGCCUGGACAAGAGAGGAAAUUAUUGAAUAUAUCGAAACACAUAAGAAAUUGAAGAAAGAUGAAAUCACAGAAAAGGAAGCUGAACUUACAGAAGAAGAAGUUAAGAAGGAAGCCGCCAUUCCAGUUAGAAAAGAAGUCAAGGAAGUAGAGGAGGUUUCCCCUGAAGAAAAACUAGUUGUGAAACCAGAACAUAUACCAAUAGAAAAAAUAGAAGAAAAAGAAAUUACCCCAAAAGAAAAGAAAAUUACACCAGAAGAAAAAGAAGUUACCCCAACAGAAAAAGAAGUAAAGAAAGUAGUCACACCAGAAGAAAAAGAAGUAAAGAAAGAAGUCACACCAGAAGAAAAAGAAGUAAAGAAAGUAGUCACACCAGAAGAAAAAGAAGUAAAGAAAGAAGUCACACCAGAAGAAAAAGAAAUAAAGAAAGAAGUCACACCAGAAGAAAAAGAAAUAAAGAAAGAAGUGACACCAGAAGAAAAGGAGAUUAAAAAAGAAAUUACCCCAAAAGACAAAGAAGUAGUAACAGAAGAAAAAGAGGAUAAGAAAGAAGUUACAGCAGUAGACAAGGAAGGCUUUACACUUGAGUUAAAGAAAGUUAUUUCACCAUUAGAAGAAGUAAAGAAAGAAAUUUCACCAUUAGAAGAAGUAAAGAAAGAAAUUUCACCAAAAGAAGAAGUAGAGAAAGAAAUUUCACCAAAAGAAGAAGUAAAGAAAGAAAUUUCACCAAAAGAAGUAGAGAAAGAAAUUUCACCAAAAGAAGAAGUAAAGAAAGAAAUUUCACCAAAAGAAGAAGUAAAGAAAGAAAUUUCACCAAAAGAAGAAGUAGAGAAAGAAAUUUCACCAAAAGAAGAAGUAAAGAAAGAAAUUUCACCAAAAGAAGAAGUAAAGAAAGAAAUUUCACCAUUAGAAGAAGUAAAGAAAGAAAUUUCACCAAAAGAAGAAGUAGAGAAAGAAAUUUCACCAAAAGAAGAAGUAAAGAAAGAAAUUUCACCCAAAGAAGAAGUAAAGAAAGAAAUUUCACCAAAAGAAGAAGUAAAGAAAGAAAUUUCACCCAAAGAAGAAGUAAAGAAAGAAAUUUCACCAAAAGAAGAAGUAAAGAAAGAAAUUUCACCAAAAGAAGAAGUAGAGAAAGAAAUUUUACCCAAAGAAGAAUUAAAGAAAGAAAUUUCACCAAAAGAAGAAGUAGCGAAAGAAAUUUCACCAUUAGAAGAAGUAAAGAAAGAAAUUUCACCAAAAGAAGAAGUAGAGAAAGAAAUUUCACCAAAAGAAGAAGUAAAGAAAGAAAUUUCACCCAAAGAAGAAGUAAAGAAAGAAAUUUCACCAAAAGAAGAAGUAGCAAAAGAAAUUUCACCAAAAGAAGAAGUAAAGAAAGAAAUGUCACCAAAAGAAGAAGUAAAGAAAGAAAUUUCACCAAAAGAAGAAAUAAAGAAAGAAAUUUCACCAAAAGAAGAAGUAAAGAAAGAAAUUUCACCAAAAGAAGAAGUAGAGAAAGAAAUUUCACCAAAAGAAGAAGUAAAGAAAGAAAUUUCACCCAAAGAAGAAGUAAAGAAAGAAAUUUCACCAAAAGAAGAAGUAAAGAAAGAAAUUUCACCAUUAGAAGAAGUAAAGAAAGAAAUUUCACCAAAAGAAGAAGUAAAGAAAGAAAUUUCACCAAAAGAAGAAGUAAAGAAAGAAAUUUCACCCAAAGAAGAAGUAGAGAAAGAAAUUUCACCCAAAGAAGAUGUAGAGAAAGAAAUUUCACCCAAAGAAGAAGUAAAGAAAGAAAUUUCACCCAAAGAAGAAGUAAAGAAAGAAAUUUCACCAAAAGAAGAAGUAAAGAAAGAAAUUUCACCAAAAGAAGAAGUAAAGAAAGAAAUUUCACCCAAAGAAGAAGUAAAGAAAGAAAUUUCACCAAAAGAAGAAGUAAAGAAAGAAAUUUCACCAAAAGAAGAAGUAAAGAAAGAAAUUUCACCAAAAGAAGAAAAAGAAAUUUCACCAUUAGAAGAAGUUAAGAAAGAAAUUUCACCCAAAGAAGAAGUAAAGAAAGAAAUUUCACCAAAAGAAGAAGUAGAGAAAGAAAUUUCACCUAAAGAAGAAGUAAAGAAAGAAAUUUCACCAAAAGAAGAAGUAGAGAAAGAAAUUUCACCAAAAGAAGAAGUAAAGAAAGAAAUUUCACCAAAAGAAGAAGUAAAGAAAGAAAUUUCACCAAAAGAAGAAGUAGAGAAAGAAAUUUCACCAUUAGAAGAAGUAAAGAAAGAAAUUUCACCAUUAGAAGAAGUAAAGAAAGAAAUUUCACCAAAAGAAGAAGUAAAGAAAGAAAUUUCACCAAAAGAAGAAGUAAAGAAAGAAAUUUCACCCAAAGAAGAAGUAGAGAAAGAAAUUUCACCCAAAGAAGAAGUAGAGAAAGAAAUUUCACCCAAAGAAGAAGUAAAGAAAGAAAUUUCACCAUUAGAAGAAGUAAAGAAAGAAAUUUCACCAUUAGAAGAAGUUAAGAAAGAAAUUUCACCCAAAGAAGAAGUAAAGAAAGAAAUUUCACCAAAAGAAGAAGUAGAGAAAGAAAUUUCCCCUAAAAAAGAAGUAAAGAAAGAAAUUUCACCAAAAGAAGAAGUAAAGAAAGAAAUUUCACCAAAAGAAGAAGUAGAGAAAGAAAUUUCACCUAAAGAAGAAGUAAAGAAAGAAAUUUCACCAAAAGAAGAAGUAAAGAAAGAAAUUUCACCUAAAGAAGAAGUAGAGAAAGAAAUUUCACCUAAAGAAGAAGUAAAGAAAGAAAUUUCACCAAAAGAAGAAGUAGAGAAAGAAAUUUCACCUAAAGAAGAAGUAAAGAAAGAAAUUUCACCAAAAGAAGAAGAAAAGAAAGAAAUUUCACCUAAAGAAGAAGUAGAGAAAGAAAUUUCACCAUUAGAAGAAGUUAAGAAAGAAAUUUCACCAUUAGAAGAAGUAAAGAAAGAAAUUUCACCAAAAGAAGAAGUAGAGAAAGAAAUUUCACCUAAAGAAGAAGUAAAGAAAGAAAUUUCACCAAAAGAAGAAGUAAAGAAAGAAAUUUCACCAUUAGAAGAAGUAAAGAAAGAAAUUUCACCUAAAGAAGAAGUAAAGAAAGAAAUUUCACCAUUAGAAGAAGUAAAGAAAGAAAUGUCACCAUUAGAAGAAGUAAAGAAAGAAAUUUCACCAUUAGAAGAAGUAAAGAAAGAAAUUUCACCAAAAGAAGAAGUACAGAGAGAAAUUUCACCAAAAGAAGAAGUAAAGAAAGAAAUUUCAACAAAAGAAGAAGUAAAGAAAGAAAUUUCACCAUUAGAAGAAGUAAAGAAAGAAAUUUCACCAUUAGAAGAAGUACAGAAAGAAAUUUCACCAUUAGAAGAAGUAAGGAAAGAAAUUUCACCAUUAGAAGAAUUAAAGAAAGAAAUUUCACCAAAAGAAGAAGUAAAGAAAGAAAUUUCACCAAAAGAAGAAGUAAAGAAAGAAAUUUCACCAUUAAAAGAAGUAAAGAAAGAAAUUUCACCAAAAGAAGAAGUAAAGAAAGAAAUUUCACCACUAGAAGAAGUAAAGAAAGAGGUUGAACUGGAAAUAAAAGAAAUUGAAAAGAAAAUUAUACCAGAAGAGAAAGAGACUAAAGCAGAAGUUACAACAACAGAGAAAGAUGUUAGGAAAGAAGUUACCCCAGAAGAAAUCAAGAAGGAAGUUACACUAGAAGAAAAAGAAAUCAAGGAAGCAGUUACUCCAAAAGAAAAAGUCGAACUAAAAGAAAAAGAAUCAACACCAGAAGAAAAGGAAUUCAUGAUAAAAAUGUCACCAGAAAAAGAAAUUCCUGAAGCUGUUACAGAAGAAAUUAGUGUAAAGGAAGUGGAAGCUGAAAUGAUUUCGGUAACAAAGAAAAUUGAAGAAGAUUUGGAGGUUAAGAAGGAGGAAAUUGUUGAAACAUACAAAAGAGAGAUUGCAAUGGAGGUAACAGAAGCAAGCAUAACAGAAAUUCCAGAUGAAACUCGAGAAGAAGAUGGCAAGAUAGUGGAGAAAGUUCCUGUGUCUCCCAAAAGUGACUUAUAUAUUAGUACAAUUAGUGAUAUUAGUACCAAAGAUAAAAUAGGCCUUAUAACUACUGAAGUAAGUCUUACAGAAGCUCCAGUUUCUCCAAAGAGUGACGUCUAUGUUAGUGCAAAGAGUGAUGUAAGUGCAAAGGAGGACAUCAUAACAAUUGAUGUAACUAAAAAACCAACUGAGGAAGCACCAAUUUCUCCAAAGAGUGACGUCUCUGUUAGUAUAAAGAGUGAUGUCAGUUCGAAGGAAGCCAAGGAGGAUAUCAUAACAAUUGAUGUAACUAAAAAACCAACUGAGGAAGCACCAAUUUCUCCAAAGAGUGAUGUCUCUGUUAGUGUAAAGAGUGAUGUCAGUGCAAAGGAGGAUAUCUUAACAAUUGAUAUAACUAAGAUACCAGUCGAGGAAGCACCAAUUUCUCCAAAGAGUGACAUCUCUGUUAGCGUGAAGAGUGAUGUCAGUUCGAAGGAAGCCAAGGAAGACAUCUUAACAAUUGACGUAACUAAAGAACAAACUGAGGAAGCACCAAUUUCUCCAAAGAGUGACGUCUCUGUUAGUGUAAAGAGUGAUGUCAGUGCAAAGGAGGAUAUCUUAACAAUUGAUGUAACUAAGAAACCAAUUGAGGAAGCCCCAGUCUCUCCAAAGAGUGAUGUAUCUGUUAGUGUAAAGAGUGAUGUCAGUGCAAAGGAAGAUAUCUUAACAAUUGAUGUAACUAAGAAACCAUCAGAGGAAGCACCAAUUUCUCCAAAGAGUGACGUCUCUGUUAGUGUGAAGAGUGAUGUCAGUGCAAAGGAGGAUAUCUUAACAAUAGAUGUAACUAAGAAACCAGCUGAAGAAACACCAAUUUCUCCGAAGAGUGACAUCUCUGUUAGUGUAAAGAGUGAUGUCAGUUUGAAGGAAGCAAAGGAGGACAUCGUAUUAAUUGAUGUAACUAAGGAACCAACUGAAGAAGCACCAAUUUCUCCAAAGAGUGACAUCUCUGUUAGUGUAAAGAGUGAUGUCAGUUUGAAGGAAGCAAAGGAGGACAUCGUAUUAAUUGAUGUAACUAAGAAACCAACUGAGGAAGCACCAAUUUCUCCAAAGAGUGACGUCUCUGUUAGUGUAAAGAGUGAUGUCAGUGCAAAGGAGGAUAUCUUAACAAUUGAUGUAACAAAGAAACCGACUGAGGAAGCACCAAUUUCUCCAAAGAGUGACAUCUCUCUUAGUGGGAAGAGUGAUGUCAGUUCAAAAGAAGCUAAGGAGGACAUCAUAACAAUUGAUGUAACUAAGAAGCCAAUUGAGGAAGCACCAAUUUCUCCAAAGAGUGACGUCUCUGUUAGUGAAAAGAGUGAUGUCAGUUCGAAGGAAGCCAAGGAGGACAUCAUAACAAUUGAUGUAACUAAGAAACCAAUUGAGGAAGCGCCAAUUUCUCCAAAGAGUGACGUCUCUGUUAGUGUGAAGAGUGAUGUCAGUGCAAAGGAGGACAUCCUAAAAAUUGAUGUAACUAAGAAACCAACAGAGGAAGCACCAAUUUCUCCAAAGAGUGACAUCUCUGUUAGUGCAAAGAGUGAUGUCAGCACAAAGGAGGACAUCCUAAAAAUUGAUGUAACUAAGAAACCAACAGAGGAAGCACCAAUUUCUCCAAAGAGUGACAUCUCUGUGAGUGUAAAGAGUGAUGUCAGUUUGAAGGAAGCAAAGGAGGACAUCUUAUUACUUGAUGUAACUAAGAAACCAAUUGAGGAAGCACCAAUUUCUCCAAAGAGUGACGUCUCUGUUAGUGAGAAGAGUGAUGUCAGUGCAAAAGAUGAUAUCCUAGCAAUUGAUAUAACUAAGAAACCAACUGAGGAAGCACCAGUUUCUCCAAAGAGUGAUGUCUCUGUUAGCGUGAAGAGUGAUGUCAGUUCGAAAGAAGCUAAAGAAGAAAUCUUAACAAUUGAUGUAACUAAGAAACCAGCUGAGGAAGCACCAAUCUCUCCAAAGAGUGACGUCUCUGUUAGUGCAAAGAGUGACGUCAGUGCAGAGGAGGAUAUCUUAACAAUUGAAGUAACUAAGAAACCAACUGAGGAAGCACCAAUUUCUCCAAAGAGCGACGUCUCUGUUAGUGUGAAGAGUGAUGUCAGUUUGAAGGAAGCCAAGGAGGAUAUCAUAACAAUUGAUGUAACUAAGAAACCAACGGAGGAAGCACCAAUUUCUCCAAAGAGUGACAUCUCUGUUAGUGUGAAGAGUGAUGUUAGUUCAAAGGAAGCCAAGGAAGACAUCUUAACAAUUGACGUAACUAAAAUACCAAUUGAGGAAGCACCAAUUUCUCCAAAGAGUGACAUCUCUGUUAGUGUGAAGAGUGAUGUUAGUUCAAAGGAAGCCAAGGAAGACAUCUUAACAAUUGAUGUAACUAAGAAACCAACUGAGGAAGCACCAAUUUCUCCAAAGAGUGACAUCUCUGUUAGUGCAAAGAGUGAUGUCAGUGCAAAGGAGGAUAUCCUAGCAAUUGACGUAACUAAGAAACCAGCUGAGGAAGCACCAAUCUCUCCAACAAGUGACAUCUCUGUUAGUGCAAAGAGUGAUGUCAGUACAAAGGAGGACAUCUUAACAAUUGAUGUAACUAAGAAACCAACCGAGGAAGCACCAAUUUCUCCAAAGAGUGACGUCUCUGUUAGUGUGAAGAGUGAUGUUAGUUUGAAGGAAGCCAAGGAGGAUAUCAUAACAAUUGAUGUAACUAAGAAAAUAACUGAGGAAGCACCGAUUUCUCCAAAGAGUGACGUCUCUCUUAGUGUGAAGAGUGAUGUAAGUGCAAAGGAGGAUAUCUUAACAAUUGAUGUAACUAAGAAACCAUCGGAAGAAGCACCAAUUUCUCCAAAGAGUGACAUCUCUGUUAGUGCAAAGAGUGACAUCUCUGUUAGUGUAAAGAGUGAUGUCAGUGCAAAGGAGGAUAUCCUAGCAAUUGACGUAACUAAGAAACCAGCUGAGGAAGCACCAAUCUCUCCAAAAAGUGACAUCUCUGUUAGUGCAAAGAGUGAUGUCAGUACAAAGGAGGACAUCUUAACAAUUGAUGUAACUAAGAAACCAACUGAGGCAGCACAAAUUUCUCCAAAGAGUGACGUCUCUGUUAGUGUAAAGAGUGAUGUCAGUUCGAAGGAAGCCAAGGAAGACAUCUUAAAAAUUGAUGUAGCUAAAAAGCCAAUUGAAGAAGCCCCAAUUUCUCCAAAGAGUGACAUCUCUGUUAGUUCAAAGAGUGAAGUCAGUGCAAAGGAGGAUAUCCUAGCAAUUGAUGUAACUAAGAAACCAGCUGAGGCAGCACCAAUUUCUCCAAAGAGUGAUAUCUCUGUUAGUAUAAAGAGUGAUGUCAGUUCGAAGGAAGCCAAGGAGGAUAUCUUAUUAAUUGAUGUAUCUAAGAAACCAUCUGAGGAAGCACCAAUUUCUCCAAAGAGUGACAUCUCUGUUAGUGUGAAGAGUGAUGUCAGUGCAAAGGAGGAUAUCCUAGCAAUUGAUGUAAGUAAGAAACCUAUGGAAGAAGCACAAAUUUCUCCAAAGAGUGACAUCUCUAUUAGUGGAAAGAGUGAUGUCAGUGCAAAGGAGGAUAUCCUAGCAAUUGAUGUAACUAAGAAACCAACAGAGGAAACACCAAUUUCUCCAAAGAGUGACAUCUCUCUAAGUGUGAAGAGUGAUGUCAGUUCGAAGGAAGCCAAGGAAGAAAUCUUAACAAUUGAUGUAACUAAGAAACCAUCUGAGGAAGCACCGAUUUCCCCAAAGAGCGACAUCUCUCUUAGUGUGAAGAGUGAUGUCAGUGCAAAAGAGGAUAUCUUAACAAUUGAUGUAUCUAAAAAACCAACUGAGGAAGCACCAAUUUCUCCAAAGAGUGACGUCUCUGUUAGUGUAAAGAGUGAUGUCAUUGCAAUGGAGGAUAUAUUAACAAUUGAUGUAACUAAAAAAACAACGGAAGAAGCACCAAUUUCUCCGAAGAGUGACGUCUCUAUUAGUAAAAAGAGUGAUGUCAGUUCGAAGGAAGCCAAGGAAGAUAUCUUAACAAUUGAUGUAACUAAGAAACCAACUGAGGAAGCACCGACGUCUCCAAAGAGUGACAUCUCUGUUAGUGUGAAGAGUGAUGUCAGUUCAAAGGAAGCCAAGGAAGAAAUUAUAACAAUUGAUGUAACUAAGAAACCAACUGAAGAAGCACCAAUUUCUCCAAAGAGUGACAUCUCUGUUAGUGUAAAGAGUGAUGUCAGUUCAAAGGAAGCCAAGGAGGACAUCUUAUUAAUUGAUAUAACUAAGAAACCAACUGAGGAAGCACCAAUUUCUCCAAAGAGUGACAUCUCUGUUAGUGUAAAGAGUGAUGUCAGUUCGAAGGAAGCCAAGGAGGACAUCUUAUUAAUUGAUUUAAGUAAGAAACCAACUGAGGAAGCACCAAUUUCUCCAAAGAGUGACAUCUCUAUUAGUGCAAAGAGUGAUGUCAGUGCAAAGGAGGACAUCGUAUUAAUUGAUGUAACUAAGAAACCAACUGAAGAAGCACCAAUUUCUCCAAAGAGUGACAUCUCUGUUAGUGUAAAGAGUGAUGUCAGUUCAAAGGAAGCCAAGGAGGACAUCUUAUUAAUUGAUAUAACUAAGAAACCAACUGAGGAAGCACCAAUUUCUCCAAAGAGUGACAUCUCUGUUAGUGCAAAGAGUGAUGUCAGUUCGAAGGAAGCCAAGGAGGACAUCAUAACAAUUGAUGUAACUAAGAAACCAAUUGAGGAAGCACCAAUUUCUCCAAAGAGUGACGUUUCUGUUAGUGUGAAGAGUGAUGUCAGUGCAAAGGAGGACAUCCUAAAAAUUGAUGUAACUAAGAAACCAACAGAGGAAGCACCAAUUUCUCCAAAGAGUGACAUCUCUGUUAGUGCAAAGAGUGAUAUCAGCACAAAGGAGGACAUCCUAAAAAUUGAUGUAACUAAGAAACCAACAGAGGAAGCACCAAUUUCUCCAAAGAGUGACAUCUCUGUGAGUGUAAAGAGUGAUGUCAGUUUGAAGGAAGCAAAGGAGGACAUCUUAUUACUUGAUGUAACUAAGAAACCAAUUGAGGAAGCACCAAUUUCUCCAAAGAGUGACGUCUCUGUUAGUGUGAAGAGUGAUGUCAGUGCAAAAGAUGAUAUCCUAGCAAUUGAUGUAACUAAGAAACCAACUGAGGAAGCACCAGUUUCUCCAAAGAGUGAUGUCUCUGUUAGUGUGAAGAGUGAUGUCAGUUCGAAAGAAUCUAAAGAAGAAAUCUUAACAAUUGAUGUAACUAAGAAACCAGCUGAGGAAGCACCAAUCUCUCCAAAGAGUGACGUCUCUGUUAGUGCAAAGAGUGACGUCAGUGCAAAGGAGGAUAUCUUAACAAUUGAAGUAACUAAGAAACCAACUGAGGAAGCACCAAUUUCUCCAAAGAGUGACGUCUCUGUUAGUGCAAAGAGUGAUGUCAGUGCAAAGGAGGAUAUCUUAACAAUUGAAGUAACUAAGAAACCAACUGAGGAAGCACCAAUUUCUCCAAAGAGCGACGUCUCUGUUAGUGUGAAGAGUGAUGUCAGUUUGAAGGAAGCCAAGGAGGAUAUCAUAACAAUUGAUGUAACUAAGAAACCAACGGAGGAAGCACCAAUUUCUCCAAAGAGUGACAUCUCUGUUAGUGUGAAGAGUGAUGUUAGUUCAAAGGAAGCCAAGGAAGACAUCUUAACAAUUGAUAUAACUAAAAUACCAAUUGAGGAAGCACCAAUUUCUCCAAAGAGUGACAUUUCUGUUAGUGUGAAGAGUGAUGUUAGUUCAAAGGAAGCCAAGGAAGACAUCUUAACAAUUGAUGUAACUAAGAAACCAACUGAGGAAGCACCAAUUUCUCCAAAGAGUGACAUCUCUGUUAGUGCAAAGAGUGAUGUCAGUGCAAAGGAGGACAUCUUACCAAUUGAUGUAACUAAAAAAAUAAUAGAUGAAGCACCAAUUUCUCCAAAGAGUGACAUCUCUGUUAGUGUAAAGAGUGAUGUCAGUGCAAAGGAAGAUAUCCUAGCAAUUGACGUAACAAAGAAACCAGCUGAGGAAGCACCAAUCUCUCCAACAAGUGACAUCUCUGUUAGUGCAAAGAGUGAUGUCAGUACAAAGGAGGACAUCUUAACAAUUGAUGUAACUAAGAAACCAGCUGAAGAAGCACCGAUUUCUCCAAAGAGUGACGUCUCUGUUAGUGUGAAGAGUGAUGUCAGUUCGAAGGAAGCGAAGGAAGACAUCUUAACAAUUGAUGUAGCUAAGAAACCAACCGAGGAAGCACCAAUUUCUCCAAAGAGUGACGUCUCUGUUAGUGUGAAGAGUGAUGUUAGUUUGAAGGAAGCCAAGGAGGAUAUCAUAACAAUUGAUGUAACUAAGAAACCAACUGAGGCAGCACAAAUUUCUCCAAAGAGUGACGUCUCUGUUAGUGUAAAGAGUGAUGUUAUUUCGAAGGAAGCCAAGGAAGACAUCUUAAAAAUUGAUGUAGCUAAAAAGCCAAUUGAAGAAGCCCCAAUUUCUCCAAAGAGUGACAUCUCUGUUAGUUCAAAGAGUGAAGUCAGUGCAAAGGAGGAUAUCCUAGCAAUUGAUGUAACUAAGAAACCAGCUGAGGCAGCACCAAUUUCUCCAAAGAGUGAUAUCUCUGUUAGUAUAAAGAGUGAUGUCAGUUCGAAGGAAGCCAAGGAGGAUAUCUUAUUAAUUGAUGUAUCUAAGAAACCAUCUGAGGAAGCACCAAUUUCUCCAAAGAGUGACAUCUCUGUUAGUGUGAAGAGUGAUGUCAGUGCAAAGGAGGAUAUCCUAGCAAUUGAUGUAAGUAAGAAACCUAUGGAAGAAGCACAAAUUUCUCCAAAGAGUGACAUCUCUAUUAGUGGAAAGAGCGAUGUCAGUGCAAAGGAGGAUAUCCUAGCAAUUGAUGUAACUAAGAAACCAACAGAGGAAACACCAAUUUCUCCAAAGAGUGACAUCUCUCUAAGUGUGAAGAGUGAUGUCAGUUCGAAGGAAGCCAAGGAAGAAAUCUUAACAAUUGAUGUAACUAAGAAACCAUCUGAGGAAGCACCGAUUUCCCCAAAGAGCGACGUCUCUGUUAGUGUAAAGAGUGAUGUCAGUUCAAAGGAAGCCAAGGAAGAAAUUAUAACAAUUGAUGUAACUAAGAAACCAACUGACGAAGCACCAAUUUCUCCAAAGAGUGACAUCUCUGUUAGUGUAAAGAGUGAUGUCAGUUCAAAGGAAGCCAAGGAGGACAUCUUAUUAAUUGAUAUAACUAAGAAACCAACUGAGGAAGCACCAAUUUAUCCAAAGAGUGACAUCUCUAUUAGUGCAAAGAGUGAUGUCAGUGCAAAGGAGGACAUCUUAUCAAUUGAUGUAACUAAGAAACCAACUGAGGAAGCACCAAUUUCUCCAAAGAGUGACAUCUCAGUUAGUGUAAAGAGUGAUGUCAGUGCAAAAGAGGAUAUCUUAACAAUUGAUGUAUCUAAAAAACCAACUGAGGAAGCACCAAUUUCUCCAAAGAGUGACGUCUCUGUUAGUGUAAAGAGUGAUGUCAUUGCAAUGGAGGAUAUAUUAACAAUUGAUGUAACUAAAAAAACAACGGAAGAAGCACCAAUUUCUCCAAAGAGUGACGUCUCUAUUAGUACAAAGAGUGAUGUCAGUUCGAAGGAAGCCAAGAAAGAUAUCUUAACAAUUGAUGUAACUAAGAAACCAACUGAGGAAGCACCAAUUUCUCCAAAGAGUGACAUCUCUGUUAGUGUAAAGAGUGAUGUCAGUUCAAAGGAAGCCAAGGAAGAAAUUAUAACAAUUGAUGUAACUAAGAAACCAACUGACGAAGCACCAAUUUCUCCAAAGAGUGACAUCUCUGUUAGUGUAAAGAGUGAUGUCAGUUCAAAGGAAGCCAAGGAGGACAUCUUAUUAAUUGAUAUAACUAAGAAACCAACUGAGGAAGCACCAAUUUCUCCAAAGAGUGACAUCUCUAUUAGUGCAAAGAGUGAUGUCAGUGCAAAGGAGGACAUCUUAUCAAUUGAUGUAACUAAGAAACCAACUGAGGAAGCACCAAUUUCUCCAAAGAGUGACAUCUCAGUUAGUGUAAAGAGUGAUGUCAGUUCAAAGGAAGCCAAGGAGGAUAUCUUAUUAAUUGAUAUAACUAAGAAACCUACUGAGGAAGCACCAAUUUCUCCAAAGAGUGACAUCUCUAUUAGUGCAAAGAGUGAUAUCAGUGCAAAGGAGGAUAUCUUAACAAUUGAUGUAACUAAGAAACUAGCUGAGGAAGCACCAAUUUCCCCAAAGAGUGACAUCUCUGUUAGUGUGAAGAGUGAUAUCAGUGCAAAGGAGGAUAUCUUAACAAUUGAUGUAACUAAGAAACCAGCUGAGGAAGCACCAAUUUCUCCAAAGAGUGACAUCUCUAUUAGUGCAAAGAGUGAUGUCAGUUCGAAGGAAGGCAAGGAAGACAUCUUAACAAUUGAUGUGACUAAAAAACCAACAGAGGAAGCACCAAUUUCUCCAAAGAGUGACAUCUCUGUUAGUGCAAAGAGUGAUGUCAGUGCAAAGGAGGAUAUCUUAACAAUUGAUGUAACUAAGAAACCCGCUGAGGAAGUACCAAUUUCUCCAAAGAGUGAUAUCUCUAUUAGUGCAAAGAGUGAUGUCAUUACAAAGGAGGACAUCUUAACAAUUGAUGUAACUAAGAAACCAAUUGAGGAAGCACCAGUUUCUCCAAAGAGUGACGUCUCUGUUAGUGCAAAGAGUGAUGUCAGCUCGAAGGAAGCCAAGGAGGACAUCAUAACAAUUGAUGUAACUAAGGAACCAACUGAAGAAGCACCAAUUUCUCCAAAGAGUGACAUCUCUGUUAGUGCAAAGAGUGAUGUCAGUGCAAAGGAGGAUAUCAUAACAAUUGAUGUAACUAAGAAACCCGCUGAGGAAGUACCAAUUUCGCCAAAGAGUGACAUCUCUGUUAGUGCAAAGAGUGAUGUCAGUGCAAAGGAGGGCAUCUUAAUAAUUGAUGUAACUAAGAAACCAACUGAGGAAGCACCAAUCUCUCCAAAGAGUGACAUCUCUGUUAGUGCAAAGAGUGAUGUCAGUGCAAAGGAGGACAUCUUAUCAAUUGAUGUAACUAAGAAACCCGCUGAGGAAGUACCAAUUUCUCCAAAGAGUGACAUCUCUGUUAGUGCAAAGAGUGAUGUCAGUGCAAAGGAGGGCAUUUUAAUAAUUGAUGUAACUAAGAAACCAACUGAGGAAGCUCCAAUUUCUCCAAAGAGCGACGUCUCUGUUAGUGCAAAGAGUGAUGUCUUAACAGUUGAUGUAACUAAGAAACCAGCUGAGGAAGUACCAAUCUCUCCAAAGAGUGACGUCUCUGUUAGUGUGAAGAGUGAUGUCAGUUCGAAGGAAGCCAAGGAGGACAUCUUAACUAUUGAUGUAACUAAGAAACCAGCUGAGGAAGCACCAAUUUCUCCAAAGAGUGACAUCUCUGUUAGUGCAAAGAGUGAUGUCAGUGCAAAGGAGGACAUCUUAACAAUUGAUGUAACUAAGAAACCAGCUGAGGAAGCACCAAUUUCUCCAAAGAGUGACAUCUCUGUUAGUGUGAAGAGUGAUGUCAGUUCGAAGGAAACCAAAGAGGACAUCAUUACAAUUGACGUAACUAAGAAACCAGCUGAGGAAGCACCAAUUUCUCCAAAGAGUGACAUCUCAGUUAGUGUUAAGAGUGAUGUUAGUUCGAUGGAGGAGAAGGAGGACAUCGUACCAAUUGAUGUAACUAAAAAACCCACUGAUGAAGCACUAGUUUCUCCGAAGAGUGACUUCUCAGUCAGCGUAAAGAGUGAAGUCAGUUCCAAGGAGUUAAAGGAUGAAAUUUCAGAAUAUGAUGAAGACAAGAAACUAAUAGAACAAGUUGCAUAUGCUGGCAGUUACAUUUCAGUCAGCAUGAGAACUCAUAUAGUUAGCAUAGACACCUUAGAAGACAGGUUAGCAUUAGAUAUAUCUACAAAAACUGAAGACGAAAUUCACGUAUCUCCAAGAAGUGAUAUCUCUGUUAGUGGUAGGAGUGACAUCAGUUCUAAAGAGGCAAAAGAAGACAGUCUCAGGGUUGACAUAUCAAAAGUAACCACUGAAGAAAUUCCACUGUCUCCCAGGAGUGACAUCUCUAUUAGUGCAAAGAGUGACAUCAGUUCUCUAAGUGCAAAGAGUGAUGUUAGUUCGAAAGAAGCAAAAGAGGACAUUCUUGCGAUUGAUGUAACUAAAAAGCCAACUGAAGAAGCUCCUAUAUCUCCCAAGAGUGACAUCUCUGUUAGCAUUAAGAGUGAUGUCAGUUCCAAGGAAGUCAAGGAGGAUAUUCUGCUACUUGAUGUAACUAAAAAACCUACUGAAGAAGUUCCGGUAUCUCCCAAGAGUGAUAUCUCUGUUAGCAUUAAGAGUGAUGUCAGUUCCAAGGACGUCAAGGAGGAUAUUUUACGAAUUGAUGUAACGAAAAAGCCAACUGAAGAAGCUCCUAUAUCUCCCAAGAGUGACAUCUCUGUUAGUGCGAAGAGUGAUGUCAGUUCCAAGGAAGUCAAGGAGGACAUUCUUCCAAUUGAUUUAACUAAAAAGCCAACUGAAGAAGCUCCUGUAUCUCCCAAGAGUGACAUCUCUGUUAGCAUUAAGAGUGAUGUCAGUUCCAAGGACGUCAAGGAGGAUAUUCUACCAAUUGAUGUAACUAAAAAGCCAACUGAAGAAGCUCCUGUAUCUCCCAAGAGUGACAUCUCUGUUAGCAUUAAGAGUGAUGUCAGUUCCAAGGACGUCAAAGAGGAUAUUCUACCAAUUGAUGUAACUAAAAAGCCAAUUGAAGAAGCUCCAAUAUCUCCCAAGAGUGACGUCUCUGUUAGCAUUAAGAGUGAUGUCAGUUCCAAGGAAGUCAAGGAGGAUAUUCUACCAAUUGAUGUAACGAAAAAGCAAACUGAAGAAGCUCCUAUAUCUCCCAAGAGUGACAUCUCUGUUAGCAUUAAGAGUGAUGUCAGUUCCAAGGAAGUCAAGGAGGAUAUUCUGACUGUUGAUGUAACUAAGAAACCAACUGAAGAAGCUCCAAUAUCUCCCAAGAGUGACGUCUCUGUUAGCAUUAAGAGUGAUGUCAGUUCCAAGGAAGUCAAGGAGGAUAUUCUACCAAUUGAUGUAACGAAAAAGCCAACUGAAGAAGCUCCUAUAUCUCCCAAGAGUGACAUCUCUGUUAGCAUUAAGAGUGAUGUCAGUUCCAAGGAAGUCAAGGAGGAUAUUCUGACUGUUGAUGUAACUAAGAAACCAACUGAAGAAGCUCCUAUAUCUCCCAAGAGUGACAUCUCUGUUAGCAUUAAGAGUGAUGUCAGUUCCAAGGAAGUCAAGGAGGAUAUUCUACCAAUUGAUGUAACGAAAAAGCCAACUGAAGAACCUCCUAUAUCUCCCAAGAGUGACAUCUCUGUUAGCAUUAAGAGUGAUGUCAGUUCCAAGGAAGUCAAGGAGGAUAUUCUACCAGUUGAUGUAACUAAAAAACCUACUGAAGAAGUUCCUGUAUCUCCCAAGAGUGACAUCUCCGUUAGCAUUAAGAGUGAUGUCAGUUCCAAGGAAGUCAAGGAGGAUAUUCUACCAAUUGAUGUAACGAAAAAGCCAACUGAAGAAGCUCCUAUAUCUCCCAAGAGUGACAUCUCUGUUAGCAUUAAGAGUGAUGUCAGUUCCAAGGAAGUCAUGGAGGAAAUUCUACCAAUUGAUGUAACGAAAAAGCCAACUGAAGAAGCUCCUAUAUCUCCCAAGAGUGAUAUCUCUGUUAGCAUUAAGAGUGAUGUCAGUUCCAAGGACGUCAAGGAGGAUAUUCUACCAAUUGAUGUAACGAAAAAGUCAACUGAAGAAGCUCCUAUAUCUCCCAAGAGUGACAUCUCUGUUAGCAUUAAGAGUGAUGUCAGUUCCAAGGACGUCAAGGAGGAUAUUCUACCAAUUGAUGUAACUAAAAAGCCAACUGAAGAAGCUCCUAUAUCUCCCAAGAGUGACAUCUCUGUUAGUGCAAAGAGUGAUGUCAGUUCCAAGGAAGUCAAGGAGGAUAUUCUGACUGUUGAUGUAACUAAGAAACCAACUGAAGAAGCUCCUAUAUCUCCCAAGAGUGACAUCUCUGUUAGUGCAAAGAGUGAUGUCAGUUCCAAGGAAGUCAAGGAGGAUAUUCUGACUGUUGAUGUAACUAAAAAGCCUACUGAAGAAGCUCCUAUAUCUCCAAAGAGUGACAUCUCUGUUAGCAUUAAGAGUGAUGUCAGUUCCAAGGAAGUCAAGGAAGAUAUUCUACCAAUUGAUGUAACGAAAAAGCCAACUGAAGAAGCUCCUAUAUCUCCCAAGAGUGACAUCUCUGUUAGCAUUAAGAGUGAUGUUAGUUCCAAGGAAGUCAAGGAGGAUAUUCUACCAAUUGAUGUAACUAAAAAACCUACUGAAGAAAUUCCUGUAUCUCCCAAGAGUGACAUCUCUGUUAGCAUUAAGAGUGAUGUCAGUUUCAAGGAAGUCAAGGAGGAUAUUCUACCAAUUGAUGUAACUAAACAGCCAACUGAAGAAGCUCCUAUAUCUCCCAAGAGUGACAUCUCUGUUAGCAUUAAGAGUGAUGUCAGUUCCAAGGACGUCAAGGAGGAUAUUCUACCAAUUGAUGUAACUAAAAAGCCAACUGAAGAAGCUCCUAUAUCUCCCAAGAGUGACAUCUCUGUUAGUGCAAAGAGUGAUGUCAGUUCCAAGGAAGUCAAGGAGGAUAUUCUGACUGUUGAUGUAACUAAAAAACCAACUGAAGAAGCUCCUAUAUCUCCCAAGAGUGACAUCUCUGUUAGCAUUAAGAGUGAUGUCAGUUCCAAAGACGUCAAGGAGGAUAUUCUACCAACUGAUGUAACGAAAAAGCCAACUGAAGAAGCUGCUAUAUCUCCCAAGAGUGACAUCUCUGUUAGCAUUAAGAGUGAUGUCAGUUCCAAGGAAGUCAAGGAGGAUAUUCUGACUGUUGAUGUAACUAAAAAACCUACUGAAGAAGUUCCUGUAUCUCCCAAGAGUGACAUCUCUGUUAGCAUUAAGAGUGAUGUCAGUUCCAAGGACGUCAAGGAGGAUAUUCUACCAAUUGAUGUAACGAAAAAGCCAACUGAAGAAGCUCCUAUAUCUCCCAAGAGUGACAUCUCUGUUAGCAUUAAGAGUGAUGUCAGUUCCAAGGAAGUCAAGGAGGAUAUUCUACCAAUUGAUGUAACGAAAAAGCCAACUGAAGAAGCUCCUAUAUCUCCCAAGAGUGACAUCUCUGUUAGCAUUAAGAGUGAUAUCAGUUCCAAGGAAGUCAAGGAGGAUAUUCUACCAAUUGAUGUAACGAAAAAGCCAACUGAAGAAGCUCCUAUAUCUCCCAAGAGUGACAUCUCUGUUAGCAUUAAGAGUGAUGUCAGUUCCAAGGAGGAUGUAACGAAAAAGCCAACUGAAGAAGCUCCUAUAUCUCCCAAGAGUGACAUCUCUGUUAGUGCAAAGAGUGAUGUCAGUUCCAAGGAAGUCAAGGAGGAUAUUCUGACUGUUGAUGUAACUAAAAAACCAACUGAAGAAGCUCCUAUAUCUCCCAAGAGUGACAUCUCUGUUAGCAUUAAGAGUGAUGUCAGUUCCAAAGACGUCAAGGAGGAUAUUCUACCAACUGAUGUAACGAAAAAGCCAACUGAAGAAGCUCCUAUAUCUCCCAAGAGUGACAUCUCUGUUAGCAUUAAGAGUGAUGUCAGUUCCAAGGAAGUCAAGGAGGAUAUUCUGACUGUUGAUGUAACUAAAAAACCUACUGAAGAAGUUCCUGUAUCUCCCAAGAGUGACAUCUCUGUUAGCAUUAAGAGUGAUGUCAGUUCCAAGGACGUCAAGGAGGAUAUUCUACCAAUUGAUGUAACGAAAAAGCCAACUGAAGAAGCUCCUAUAUCUCCCAAGAGUGACAUCUCUGUUAGCAUUAAGAGUGAUGUCAGUUCCAAGGAAGUCAAGGAGGAUAUUCUACCAAUUGAUGUCACGAAAAAGCCAACUGAAGAAGCUCCUAUAUCUCCCAAGAGUGACAUCUCUGUUAGCAUUAAGAGUGAUAUCAGUUCCAAGGAAGUCAAGGAGGAUAUUCUACUAAUUGAUAUAACGAAAAAGCCAACUGAAGAAGCUCCUAUAUCUCCCAAGAGUGACAUCUCUGUUAGCAUUAAGAGUGAUGUCAGUUCCAGGGAAGUCAAGGAUUAUAUUCUACCAAUUGAUGUAACUAAAAAGCCAACUGAAGAAGCUCCUAUAUCUCCCAAGAGUGACAUCUCUGUUAGUGCAAAGAGUGAUGUCAGUUCCAAGGAAGUCAAGGAGGAUAUUCUGACUGUUGAUGUAACUAAAAAACCUACUGAAGAAGUUCCUGUAUCUCCCAAGAGUGACAUCUCUGUUAGCAUUAAGAGUGAUGUCAGUUCCAAGGACGUCAAGGAGGAUAUUCUACCAAUUGAUGUAACGAAAAAGCCAACUGAAGAAGCUCCUAUAUCUCCCAAGAGUGACAUCUCUGUUAGUGCAACGAGUGAUGUCAGUUCCAAGGACGUCAAGGAGGAUAUUCUACCAAUUGAUGUAACUAAAAAGCCAACUGAAGAAGCUCCUAUAUCUCCCAAGAGUGACAUCUCUGUUAGCAUUAAGAGUGAUGUCAGUUCCAAGGACGUCAAGGAGGAUAUUCUACCAAUUGAUGUAACUAAAAAGCCAACUGAAGAAGCUCCUAUAUCUCCCAAGAGUGACAUCUCUGUUAGCAUUAAGAGUGAUGUCAGUUCCAAGGAAGUCAAGGAGGAUAUUCUACCAAUUGAUGUAACUAAAAAGCCAACUGAAGAAGCUCCUAUAUCUCCCAAGAGUGACAUCUCUGUUAGUGCAAAGAGUGAUGUCAGUUCCAAGGAAGUCAAGGAGGAUAUUCUGACUGUUGAUGUAACUAAAAAACCAACUGAAGAAGCUCCUAUAUCUCCCAAGAGUGACAUCUCUGUUAGCAUUAAGAGUGAUGUCAGUUCCAAGGACGUCAAGGAGGAUAUUCUACCAACUGAUGUAACUAAAAAGCCAACUGAAGAAGCUCCUAUAUCUCCCAAGAGUGACAUCUCUGUUAGCAUUAAGAGUGAUGUCAGUUCCAAGGACGUCAAGGAGGAUAUUCUACCAAUUGAUGUAACUAAAAAGCCAACUGAAGAAGCUCCUAUAUCUCCCAAGAGUGACAUCUCUGUUAGUGCAAAGAGUGAUGUCAGUUCCAAGGACGUCAAGAAGGAUAUUCUACCAAUUGAUGUAACUAAAAAGCCAACUGAAGAAGCUCCUAUAUCUCCCAAGAGUGACAUCUCUGUUAGUGCAAAGAGUGAUGUCAGUUCCAAGGAAGUCAAGGAGGAUAUUCUGACUGUUGAUGUAACUAAAAAACCUACUGAAGAAGUUCCUGUAUCUCCCAAGAGUGACAUCUCUGUUAGCAUUAAGAGUGAUGUCAGUUCCAAGGACGUCAAGGAGGAUAUUCUACCAAUUGAUGUAACUAAAAAGCCAACUGAAGAAGCUCCUAUAUCUCCCAAGAGUGACAUCUCUGUUAGCAUUAAGAGUGAUGUCAGUUCCAAGGACGUCAAGGAGGAUAUUCUACCAAUUGAUGUAACUAAAAAGCCAACUGAAGAAGCUCCUAUAUCUCCCAAGAGUGACAUCUCUGUUAGCAUUAAGAGUGAUGUCAGUUCCAAGGAAGUCAAGGAGGAUAUUCUGACUGUUGAUGUAACUAAAAAACCAACUGAAGAAGCUCCUAUAUCUCCCAAGAGUGACAUCUCUGUUAGCAUUAAGAGUGAUGUCAGUUCCAAGGAAGUCAAGGAGGAUAUUCUACCAAUUGAUGUAACUAAAAAGCCAACUGAAGAAGCUCCUAUAUCUCCCAAGAGUGACAUCUCUGUUAGUGCAAAGAGUGAUGUCAGUUCCAAGGAAGUCAAGGAGGAUAUUCUGACUGUUGAUGUAACUAAAAAACCAACUGAAGAAGCUCCUAUAUCUCCCAAGAGUGACAUCUCUGUUAGCAUUAAGAGUGAUGUCAGUUCCAAGGACGUCAAGGAGGAUAUUCUACCAACUGAUGUAACGAAAAAGCCAACUGAAGAAGCUCCUAUAUCUCCCAAGAGUGACAUCUCUGUUAGCAUUAAGAGUGAUGUUAGUUCCAAGGAAGUCAAGGAGGAUAUUCUACCAAUUGAUGUAACUAAAAAGCCAACUGAAGAAGUUCCUGUAUCUCCCAAGAGUGAUAUCUCUGUUAGUGCAAAGAGUGAUGUCAGUUCCAAGGAGAGUAAGAAAGAAGAACUUCCAGUCGAAUCUCCCAAGAGUGAGCCAAGUUCAAAGAAAUCCAUUGAUGAAGUUCCAUUGUCUCCUAAGAGUGACGUAUCAGUUAGCAUUAAGAGUGAUGUUAGUUCAAAGGAGAUUAAGGAUGAGAUUCCAGAAUUUGAAAAGCCAUUUGAUGGUACUGUUUACCCAGCAAGUUAUGUUUCUGUUAGUAUGAGGAGUCACAUUGUUCGAACAGAUCUUAUGGAGACGUUAACAAUUGACGUCCCCCACGAACCUGUGGAAACAGUCAGUCUUUCUCCAAAGAGUGACAUUUCUUCUGGUGUAAGUGUUGCCAGUUCCAAGGAGUCUAUGGAAGGAAUUUUGAAGAUUGACGUAUCUAAAAAAGCCUUCGAACAAGUUCCACUCUCUCCCAAAAUGGAUUUAAAAAGUGGUGUGGAUGUUAUCAGCAAAGUCGAUGAAUCAGCUAUUUCUCCAAAGAGUGAUGUUUCUGUAAGUGAGAAGAGUGAUGUCAGCCCACUUGGCAUCAAGAGAGAAGAUCUUGUAAUUGAUAUCACGAAAAAAGAUACGGACAAAGUGUCAGUAUCUCCAAAGAGUGACAUCGCCUCCAGUGUUAAAAGUGAGUUUAGCUCGAAGGACAUCUCAAAGAAAUCGACUGAGGAAGCUCCGUUGUCUCCUAAGAGUGACAUUUCGCUAAGUGAAAAGAGUGAAAUAAGCCAUAAGACUGAUGUAUCCAAGAGUGACGUCAGUGCAAAGAGUGACGUUGGUUCUAAAUUAGAUCUAACUUCAGAAAAAGAGGAAAAGCCAAAGGCCUAUUUAGAAUCAGGUGUUGUCGAAGAACCUAUUUAUGGUAUCUUGAAAGCAGAACGAGCUGAACUUGUGACUGUUUCUCCCGACACCACACCCGGUUCAACACCACUGUCACCACCUCUUCGUGAGAUAGGUAUGGCUGGGGUCUCUCUCGUAAGUACACUCCACAAGGAGCAACUGGAUCUUAUGACCACUUCCAUUUAUGAGGAGUCAACAUCCACAUCUGUACUGGGAGAAUUACCUGAUGUUAGGGAAACCACGGCGCCUGACCUGGAAACAGAUGUAAUGACUACAUCUGAAGACAGAGGAUACGAUGCUAUGAUGACUUCCAUUUAUGAACCAAGCCAAGAUAUUAUGAUGUCUUCCAUGUAUGGUGAUGAUUUUGCUAUGCAUGGUGUGCAUGAUGAGCACAUAACCUCUGAGGAGGAAUCAACUACUGUGGCCUUAACUAGAGUUAAGAAAACUGAAGAUAUCAUGACAACUUCCAUAUAUGGCAGUCUUGAUGAGAGGGAAUAUGAUGAAAGUACCCAAAAGUCCAUUGAUGAUAUGACAUCUCCACGAAGUGUCACCUUUGGAACCACUCAAGAGGUGCCUGUUGACGAAGGUGGACCCUCACCGAGAACGUCAGAGGUAGAUGCUGAGAGUUAUCCUCAAAUGUCUCCCAGAAGUGAUCUGUCUUCUGAGAUGUAUCACAUGCGAUCAAUUUCGCCUCGCAGUGAUGGAUAUGAAGCAGAGCUAAGUGGCCAAUUUGAAGAGCGUGAUUACGACCAUCCACCAUUGUCUCCUCGUUCAGAUAUUUCUUCAAUAUCAGAUAUUGUUCGUAGGGAACAGAAACAUUCCAUAACAGAGAAGAUAGAGAAGGAAACCACUAUGAUUCAACGUGAAGUUUUAGACAGUGGUCGUUCGAUCUCUCCUAAAAGUGACACGACUGUAAGUGACGUUGCAGCCAAAGAUGGCCUCGACUCUCUUGAUUCCUUCAAAUUGCAACCAGUAUUAGGCAGUGAUGAAGGAAAGCAACAUUCUCCCCGAAGUGACAUUUCCGGAAAAGAUUCAGCUUUCGAAGACAGGGACAAACUAUCUAGUCUUGAAAGUCAAACACUGUUUUCUUUACCAAGUGAAACGAAGGUAACGGAAUCAGAAGUAUCUAAAUAUUCAGCUGUGUCUGAAGAAAUCUGCAGGUCAGAAUUAAGUGAAAUUAUUCAUGAAACUUCCUCUUUAACAGAAACUAGAUUAUUAAAAGAGACAUCAAUCGAAGAUAAAAUGAGAAAGGUGUCUGAAACUGUUUCUGAAAGCACAAAAAGGGACAGCACUACAGUAUUUUCAGGAUUGUUAACUAGUGUAGUUAGUACUAUUGAUAGCACAAAAACCAUAAUUGAUGUAUCAAAAGACUUGUCUUACAGCACAAAGCCAGAAACUAUAGUGGAAACUGCCGCUAAAGCACCCAUAAAGCCUGCAACUCAAAUUUCUCCAGAAGAUGAGAGUUCACUUAGCUUUAGAAAGGAACCAAUCACUCACACUGAAACCCAAGAUGCAAUUAUGGUUUCUCCAAAAAGUGAUGUUUCUGUGAGCUCAAAAAGCGAUGUGACAUCUGUUGAUGCUAAAGAAUUACCCAAGGAUCCUUCACUCCGAGAUGAGGAGCCUAAGGCCGCAACAGAGUCGUCUGAGAGUGAAAUAUCAGAAGAGAUUUUCAAAGAAGAGUUAAAAGAAGCUACAAAGAUCCUUACAGAGACUACUGAGGUGAAAGAUGUAGUUCAAGAAAUCAAAACGGCUGUGACAUCCCUCGAGGAGUCUACUACAAUUAAGACUUCAUUCCAAGAUUUCAAGGAAACUGCAUCUCCACCUCCCUCACCGGAAAAGUCAACUGUUUCCUCUACCGUUUCGUCCCUUCAUGGAAGUGAGUCCUUAGCUUCAGUUCAUAGUAGAGUUGAAGUUACUAAGGAAGAGAGCAUUGGUAUAGAACCUGUUGAACCUUCACCUGUGACAGUUAAAGAUUCACGCAUACAUACUCAUACCUCAUCUGUAUAUGACUCAUCAUUAAUUUCAUCUAGCAUAGCCACUACAUCUGUCACAGAAACGAUCACAUCGACAGUGAAAACUUUACCAAGCUCUCCUGAAAAGAAAGUAACUGAUCUUCCAGGAGUCCAACAAAGUAUAACUGAUGAUGGGAGACCAUCAGAUGAACAGUCCUCUCCACUUCCACCUUCCUCUUCCUCCUCCUCUUCCUCUGGUGUUGAGGGUAUUGUGAAAGAGGUGAAGGAGAGCAAAGACCACAUACAAGCUACCUCAGUCAUAAUGGCUGAGAAGCUUAUUGCUGAAAUGGGAGAAAUCACCAGCAGCAAGACACAAACCAGAACCUCCGAGCGUGUGUCGUCCGAAGAGUACAAGUCUGUCACUGCCAUUACUGAUAAGUCUAGUUCUGUUAUGAAAUCUACAGUAGAAUCUAAACAGGAAACUCACAUUAUGGAUAGUCAGGAAAUUAGUCAAACUGACAUUCGUGAGGAACCUACGACAGGUGAAACUGUUACAAAAACAAUUAUUAGAAGGGUCGUCAUCGAUGGGAAGCCACAAGAAACCGUCGAAGUGCUCGAGGAACCCUCUGAAACUCAAGUGAUUACUAAACGAAUCGUUAGGCGAACUAUCAUUAGUGAUGGAGAGCCAACCGAGACGGUUGAAACAUAUGAAGAGCCCGUGGAAGGCGAAACUGUCACGCGAACAAUUGUGAGAAGAGUAGUUGAUGAACCGGAAGAAACUGUUGAAACUCACGAAGAACCAACAACAGGUGAGACCGUUACCAGAACAGUAGUUAGAAGAGUAGUCACUGAAGGUGAACCAUUGGAAACGGAAGAGGCACCUGAAGAAACUUCAGAGUCCCCAACUGUUACUUCAAGAACUAUAAGACGAACCACUAUCAGCAGUGGGGAACCAACUGAAACUUUGGAAUCAUACGGAGAGCCUUCUGUGUGUGAAACUGUUAAGAGAACCAUUAUCAGAAGGGUAAUUGUCGAUGGAGAACCAGAAGAGACUGUAGAGACAGUUGAAGAACCUUCUGAAUCUCAAACAGUCACCACAAGAACCAUCAGAAGAACCAUCAUCAGCGAUGGUGAACCAACAGAGACAGUAGAAACAUUUGAAGAACCAUCAUCUGGUGAAACAGUUACGAAAAGAACGAUUAUAAGAAGGGUCAUUGUCGAUGGAGAACCAACAGAAACUGUUGAGACAUUUGAAGAACCUUCAGCAGAUGAAACAGUUACGAAAAGAACAAUAAUAAGAAGAGUAACUAUUGAUGGUGAACCAAAAGAGACUGUAGAACCUUCUGAAUCUCAAACAGUUACAACAAGAACAGUUAGAAGAGUCACUGUCAGUGGAGGUGAACCAAUUGAGACAUUUGAAACACGUGAAGAACCUACAUCAGAUGAGACAGUUACAAGAAGAACCAUUAUCAGAAGGGUCAUUGUCGAUGGAGAACCAGAAGAAGAAACUGUAGAGACAUUUGAAGAACCUUCUGAAUCUCAGACAGUCACCACAAGAACCAUCAGGAGAACCAUCGUCAGCGAUGGUGAACCAACAGAGACUGUAGAAACAUUUGAAGAACCAUCAUCUGGGGAAACAGUUACCAAACGAACAAUCAUAAGAAGAGUAACUGUUGAUGGUGAACCAACAGAGACUGUAGAGACAUCUGAAGAACCUUCUGAAUCUCAGACAGUCACAACAAGAACAGUUAGGCGAGUCACUGUCAGUGGAGGUGAACCAAUUGAGACAUUUGAAACACGUGAAGAACCUACAUCAGAUGAAACAGUUACAAGAAGAACGAUUAUCAGAAGGGUCAUUGUCGAUGGAGAACCAAAGGAAACUGUAGAGACCACAGAAGAACCAUCUGAGUCUCAAACAGUUACAACAAGAACCAUUAGGCGAACCAUCAUCAGUGGUGGGGAAUCAACAGAAUCAGUUGAAUCACGCGAAGAACCAUCUGAAAGUGAAACAGUCACGAGAACAACUGUGCGAAGAACAAUUGUAGAUGAUGAACCAAAGGAGACAGUUGAGAGGUAUGAAGACCCUUCAACAGGUGAGACCGUUACAAAGAGAACAAUUAUACGAAGAACAUUUAUUGACGGUGAGCCAAAAGAGACAGUAGAUAUGUUGGAAGAACCAUCCGAACAUGUUACAAGAACAGUUAGACAUAGAGUUGUGAGUGGAAGUGAACCCACUGAGACAGUAGAAGCCUACGAAGACCCUACAACAGGGGAAACUGUUACAAGAACGAUUAUAAGGAGGACCAUUGUUGAUGGUGAAGAAAAGGACACUGAGGAGAUGAGUAAGGAGUCUUCGGAAUCUCAAACUGUUACAAGAACAGUCAAACGAAUCGUUGUGAGUGGUGGUGUGCCUACAGAAGCAACUGAAGCUCUCGAGGAGCCGUCAUUAGGCGAGACUGUGACAAGGAGAACCAUUAUUAGAAGAACCAUUGUCGAUGGAGAACCGAAAGAGACCGUGGAGACAGUUGAAGAACCCUCUGGAUCUCCAUUUGUAACGACAAGAACCGUUAAGCGAACCAUCAUCACUGGUGGUGAACCAACAGAAACUGUUGAGACGUAUGAAGAGCCUUCUUCAGACGAGCCUGUCACAAGAACUAUCUUAAGAAGAACAAUAGUUGAUGGAGAACCAAAGGAAACUGUUGAAACUAUUGAAGAACCAUCUGGAUCAGAAUCUGUAACAAGUAGAACUGUCAAAAGAUCUAUUGUCAGUAGUGACGAUCAAAAAGAGUCCAUUAAAACAUUCGACAGCUCCUCAGAGGGCGAAGUUAUAACAAGAACCAUUGUUAAGAGAACCAUCAUUGAUGGUAAGCCAACAGAGACAGUUGAGACCAUGAGGGAACCUGCUGAUUCUGAAGGCAUGACAACCACAACUACCACCACAGUGAAGCGUACCAUCAUAGGCGGUGGUGAUAGAACUGAGGCAACCAAAUUAGGGGAAGAACCUUCAGAUGAUUCAGUAACCACCAGAACCACUAUUAAGCGAACCAUUAUCAGUGGAGGAGAACCUGUUGAAACAGUCGAAACGUACGAGGGAACUGAAGGCAGAGCAAAAUAUGAGUUUGAAUCACCCUAUGAGAUCAAAAGCACUAGUCCACUGAAAUCGAGGCACAUGAGUGAAGCACAGUCUUCUGAAAGCUACUUCAUGAGAUCUGAGGAGUCAAAAUCAUCUACAUUCUCAGAAACCAAAAGAAGUGUUUCAGAAGAGACUGAAAAGUCCGUUUUCUCAAAAUCCACAGCAGAAACGGUCCAAGAAGACAUCAGAAGUUCUCGAGAAUCUGUCUCUACAGUUGACGAAGCUACAGCUCACGAAGGACCUCGAAUGGGUGCACUUAGAAAGUCAUCAACCAGCAGUACUGAAGGCACUCCAGGAAGCCCCAGAACUGGUCGAGUUGUUGUAAGAAAAGUUACCACUGUGAUAACUAAAUACUAUGACGACGGAGAAGAGGUGGAAAUGGAACAGCUCCCAGGCGAAGAAGUGGUUGAAGUACUUGGUGAUCAACUGGUCUCUGAGGAUAUCUUGCGAAAGAUAUCUGGAUCAGCUUCACAGUCUCCAAUCAGUGGCAGAAAAUUCUCCGGCCACAGUAUUCCAGGGACUUCAAUGGCCUAUACCACAUCUCAUUCACUGUGUGGACCGUGGACAAGCGAUGAAUCGUUGAGUGGUGAGCCCACAGUGGUCACACGCACCACUCGCACAACAAUAGGUGACAGUGAUACAGAUGGUUCAGAGGGUGUGGUGACCAGCACCGUCACUACCGUCACGCGUCGCUUAAUGAGUGAUGAUGCCUCUGACAAGGAUGAUAGGCCUCGAUCCGCCAGUAGCGAUACAAGCCUUCACGAUCCUUUCCCGCCACCACAGAAAGCACGAUCUGAUCCAAAGGAACAAGUUACAAGCAGAGUUUCCAGUGCUGAACAGUCAUCAUCAUUUACCACACAGUUUGGAGCCACUGGAAUGCAAUACCAAGAAGAGUAUGAUGACGAGCCUGUGUAUGAGUAUCACCCACCAGAUGGAGCACAGCUUGGGCAGUUCAUGUAUAGUGACCAAGGAGGUGACUUUGAUAAUGGAAAUCUUCCAUCCCGUGCAAGGGAACCAUCAACGACCGAAGCUGAAGACAAAUUAAACAGGAAUCAAACGUGGAAGAUGACUACAUCGACACCGAAGAGCUCAACUUCCACCACUGUAACUACCACUACCUCAUCAACAGCCAAGGAUGCUAAAGAGACCCUACAACAGUGGGGUAAACCUCUAGGGCUCCCAUCACCUGUGCCUCUUCCUGCACCGAUUCCGCCUUCUGACAGCCCCAAACCACCUAGUCCCCGUAAGGAACGAAGAACAAGCAGGAGAUCUAAGAGGAUAGGCCCACCAGUCUAUCUUGACCUUGCAUACGUACCUCAUGCAGCAAAUCCUAACUACACCAAUGCAGACUUCUUCAGGAAAGUGAGAGCGAGAUACUACGUCUUCUCUGGCAUCGACCCUGGCAGGGAGGUGCUCGACGCAUUACUUGAAGCCAAGAUGGAAUGGGAAGAUAAAGAAAUGGAGGUAACGAUCAUUCCCACCUACGACACCGAUGCCCUGGGCUACUGGGUGGCUGCUAACGAAGACGCCCUUAUUGCUAACAAGAUCGACCUCGCUCCAUCGGCUUCUCGCUGCACGAUCAACCUUCAGGACCACGAGACAAGCUGCAAUGCCUACCGUCUGGAGUUCUGAGCACCGCGCUCAGAACCUCUCCACUGUAGAUAGCUGGCCAUGACCUAUCCUUUCAAGAAACUCCGAAACACCACUACCUGCAUAUCCGGAUGAUUCGACAUCUUCUAGUAAUUCCGGGACAUCUGAAAAGAUGUCUCUGGACUCUCAACGUAUACACUUAUCUAUAUCUACUACAAGGAAUUUAUGUUUGCGAAAUUACUUCGAGAUUAAUUGCCACCGGAUGUAUCUCCGGUUCAUCGAUGCCUAACUGUGACUCUUGAGUUGCUGGGGGUUCAGACCCCCUUUUGCAACCUCUCCCCCGCUGCCUUCCAUGAGAACUUAGAGCUCUUACCAAGCCGUCUGAGUCCCCUACCCUGAUAGUCAAGUCCUAAAUUAGCCAUCCAGAAUAUUUUCAUUGACUGUCUCGUAGGUACCCACUGUCUCUGUGGGAUGCUGUGUUUAGAUUCUACUGCAGUCAAGUAGACAAUUUUUUGAAACAUUGUAGAUCCGUGAUGGUGGAUUUUCUACAUUUGCAUCCAUUAAGACGAAUGAUAUUUGAUGAGAAAAGGGUUUUAUUAUGUAUUACUCAAAUUUUUUUCAUUAUGCCAAUAGUCAUAUAUAUAUUGAUUAUAUCAAUAGUAGCAUAAUUAUAGAACUAUUCCGUUUCAUGGAUAUUACUGAAGAUGGCCUUGUGUUAUACACUUAUAUAUGAGAACUAAUUUCCCAGAUUUUGACGAUUCUGACCUGAUCUCUUGAUAACCUGGAAUUACACAAAACUCAACUAUUGAGGAUACUGAGUGCAGAUAUGUCUAAGAAUAUACUGAUUGUCAGUCUAUCUGUAAUGUGAUUUAAGAUUGUUGAUGAACACUCCUGUGACCGAAUAGAGCUAAGCAAUAUGCAUUUUAAAAUAUUUCACUAAAUAGGAUUAUUCUACUUAUUCAGCGUGAUAAUGCUGCAGUCCUAGGUAGACCAUGCUGCAGAAAAUGGCUAGAGGGAGAUUGCUCAUUUUGUAAAAUAAAAUGUUAUAAAACUGUCCUUGACAGUAAUCAGCUAUGUAGAGUAUAAGGCAAAUAUUGAAAGAAGAGUUAAUAAUGACUUUGUUAUAUGUAUACUAGUAGUUUAUAAACAGCCAAGUGUUGAGAGCGAGCCUAUUUUUUCUUAGAUGAGGCUGAAUGGUCGAAAUAGCAGUAUCUUUCUUCCAAGAGAUGAAUGUUUGGGACUAAAGGAGUGAAUGAGAAACUGACCAAGUUUACUGUCUUGGUAUAAGUCUCGAACGUCCACUCAGGCACUACUGAUCGGUUUGACACAUGGAUUCACAUUAUUUUGUAACAGGGGCUCCCGUUAGGACGGAGGUGAUAAUAUGAUCCUGCUUUAUCAGUCGUUAGUAAGAAUCCUGACUUCUGUUGAUGGAGAGUGCCCUUUAGUCGAAAAGUGUACUCAAAGCUUUUUCCAUAUAUGCUACACAGUGUAAGUGUUACUUGAAAGUGUGAAUGACUUUCGUGAUUUCUGACGUUAAGCUUAAAUUCAUCUCUUGCUUUGAGUUUCAUUUGUAAUUAUGUUCUUAUUUGAUACUAUCCGCUCCUUUCAGAUGAAGUGCAUUCCAUAAAAAAAUACAAAAUAAAAUACAAAAUGGGAGCGUGAAUUGCAGGCUGUAGGAAGGAGAGCAGAACAUGCUCUCAGAUAAUGGUGCUAAACAGAAGGUCUUGCGAGUACUCGGUGCCAUACGCGAGCCGUACGAGGCACUAGGAGCCAUGGGGGUGGCUCCGAAGCCCAGGAGUGCGUGUAUGGCACUCACUCAGCAAGGGUUUGAGCAUAGUGAUAAGCCUUUCAAGUUCUGCAAGCUUCGUUAGGUCAACUUUGGCCAAGUUAAACCUUGUUUAGGAGGCAUUUCUAGGGGCCACAACGUGGCUUUCCACGAAGUCAUUUUUAACGACCUAUUUGUGAUGGUCAAACUGCCAGCAAUGCCUGUUCGUGAGGAGUGACUAAUUACACGAAACAUUGAUAUGAGUGAAUUUAUUUCCUCCUAGUAAUGUCUCUAAAACUGUGGUUAUGGCCGUCACUUCCUGUCCAAAUAGAGUUGAAAAGGCAUCGCUACUUCUCUGGUUACCACAGAACCGGUGUACAUUAAUCUUUAAAAACUUUAUUAAUUAAAGUCAAAAGACCUACGAUUGUAGGUUUAUAAAAGCCUCGCUGUCAAGACCUUGUCGCAUAAACUAAUUACCUAUCAUUUCCACGUGCGCCGAAGAGAGAAUAAAAUAUCCAAAUGCAGUAAUUAGUUUAUGAGAUCAGGUUCCUUUGAAAAGGUGAGCGAGAAAAUAACUGUGGUUAGAGGAGGUUUAGCCUACACGAACACGGCAAGAUUCAGAUAUUUCAUGUGAUUGCUUUAGGUGCUUAUUGGCAAACCAGACGCCUUCUCGCCCUUGAGCUUAUUGAUUGGUAAACCAAAUAGCUUCUUGCCCUUAGCUAAGUUACUGCAGAAUUUUUCUCCAUUACGGCCAAUUUCCGGGUUGAGUUGCCACUGAGUAUGAUAAAAUAUGAUGGCUAGAUUGUUGCCAUUGGCCGUGUUAAAGUGAACUCAGAUAAGCUAUAGUAUCUUGAUUCCUUUGACACAAUGUAAGUGUUCUUACAUCUCGUCUGAGAAUUUGCCUGUUUGUGAAUGAGAAGGUUGGUAUAACUGGGAUUUUUUUCAUUAUUUAUGAUAUUGUGUCAUAAGGUGAUAUCCUAUAUUAAAAGUUACUGAGUGGUGCAACACUCUUUUGAAAUUUAAUCUUUAUAAAGGUUGAAUGACAUGUGAUAUGAUAAUCAUAUAUAUUUAAGCUGUUAUAUUACAAGUGGUGGCGUGGACAAUUGAAAGAGGCUAUUAAAAAAAAUAAAUUACUAAAAUUGUACAGUGGCUUUUAAGCAUUUCUGUCACAAACACCGCUGAUCCUGUACCAAUUUUAUGUUAACAUCCUUGAAGUAAAGAGCUUUCUGAAGACCCUUGAGCGUCAGCAUUCCGACCAUAUCUUUUUUGUCGCUCUCAGCACUAUGAUUUUUGCAUCACUGUAACACGGCCACUGCCUCUUCAAAUAAUUCAGCGUUUCAGGGUCUUCAGCAAAGUUCUUAAUAUUUCUGAUUUCCAGGCUUUAUUAUAUUAUAUCCAGCCUGUGCACUUUGUCGUGUAUUAAAGAAAAUAUAUAUAUAUAUAUCUAUGACGAUACGUGCGAUACUGCUGGUGAUUAUUUGUCAGUGUUGACUUUCUCGUGAUGUUGUAAGGAAAGUGAAUGUUAUUGAAUGGUUGCCAAUAGUCUCGUUGGUGUCGUCAGGGGCCUUAUUUUUGACGAACUUUCGUCCAGGUCACCAAAUGAACUUGUCCAGCAACGCACUGGACGUCUGGUGUUGGGGGGCUAUGAGUGUUUAAGCCAUCAGGUGAUAUUUUUAUUCUGUACCAGAGGACAUUUGCCUGAGGAGAUGAAUACCAUACCUUGUUGCCAGGAGUCCGGCGGCGGUGGCCAGGAGGGUUCAUUGGUACUUUGUGACCAACUGUUUCACAAAUAUGGCCCCCGUCAUGUAGUUUCCUGCUUAAUGCUUCUCGCUCCAUGUCCCGUUACCUCUAGUCAAAAAAAAAAAUCUAGAAGUCUAGAAGAAAAAGAUCAUGAACUCUGCUGACACCUAUUACGUGACAUGUUUGGCUAUUUUGGCUCUCAUUCAGUUCACUAUGGUUCAUUUUCACUACUUUAUAAAUAGGAAAAUAAACCCUAUUGAAUCUCUAUUUUGGGUUCAUAAUUGCUGGUCUUGUCACUAAUAUUAUGCAUAUGUAUGGGAUAUCCUGUGACAUUAAAAAGUAGAAUAAAACUGUAA